AUGUAUGUUUCAUCUUACAAUUUUAGUCUAUUUGAGUACAAUCAUUUUGAAAUAAAGGUCAUUUAUAGUCUCGAUAUGGAUCCAGAGGCUGCACGAACUGCCCGGGAAUCUCUGGACCUGUUAUUUCAUAUGUCAAACAUUCUUGAGACCGGGCUUGAUCGUCACACGCUCUCUGUUCUUAUUGCUCUCUGCGAUCUGGGUCUGAACCCUGAGUCACUGGCUGCUGUAGUUAAGGAGCUUCAAAGAGAAACUCCUCCGUCAUCUUCCUCCUCCAUGCCAACAACUCCGUCUGUUCCUUAG